CGACAAUUCAGCGAAUUUCACCCGUUCUUUUGUUAACCAGUUUUCACUAUGGAUGCUCAAGAUUAUAAUAUCAUAUCGAAUUAUAAGAGGGAUUAUGCCCUUUAUAUCAAGCCGAAUAGUGCUUCGCAAGACGCAGUCGAUGCUCUCAUAGAUAAAAAAGCCCUCUUGGACUAUAAUUAGUAUGGUGAUUCAGAUGUUAGGUGAGCAAGCAAAAUGUUGGAAUUAUCAAAUUGAAGAAAUAAAUAGCCAUGUUAGCGUUUGGCCUACUGAACCGGGCAUCAACCCAAGUAUCAUACAUGACUUGGAGAAUUCUGCUAAACGUAAUCUGAACAUAUAUGGGGAUUAUAUAUUAGAGCCAACCAGGAUAGAAAACCUUGAAGAAACACCUAGAAGCAAGGGACCCCUUACCGCUAUUUUUAAUGAUAUUGAUCUAAUCUGCGACUGCUGGCUGGAAUAUCCCACGAAGUUAGGGUUAAUAAGAAGUGGAAACUUCAUCAAGAAUGAAGCAUGUAAAGACAGUGCCCGAGACUUAGAAUUAUGGCGUUUCCGUAAUGAUAGGGAAAUUGAUUUGGCCGUUGGAGAGAUGUAUCUCAGUGCGUUAUGAAGGUAAGUGCCCGCAAGUUAUCUUGAUGGCUCAAUGUAACAGCAUCUCCAUCUUUUCACAGCGUCCGUUUAUUGCAGGAAGUAUAAUAACUGUCAUAAGUGGUAUACGAUAAGACUGUUGUCUUAUCAAAUACCUCAUUAUAAAGGUAAAAAGCAAAAAAAUAUAUCUAGAAUAAGAAAGAUAUGACCCUAAUUGAAUUUGAAAAGUAACACAUACCUCUAGUUGAAGGCUCAAAUCUUCAGGUUGGAAGAUUUGACUGGUCUAGCCAAAUAGAGUCUACAUAGAUUAUUUAGUGAAUCAGAGCUUUGAAAGCUAUUAUUAUUCAUUCAGAUAGUUUAGAAGUAUCCAAUUCUACGUACAAUUCUUCUUUAAUAUUCGUAUAUUCGUUGCCGCUGA